AAACACAUCUUAAUUCAUUGUCUCGAUUUCGAUUUCCUCCCAGAUUUGGGUUUGAGUUAUAUAGAAGCAGAAGCUGUGGCCAUCCCAUGAGCAAACUUUGUACGCUUUACCAAUUCACGUGUUACGUCAGCCGAAUACCUUUUGUUCAGCAAGGAGAGUUUUGGAUGGGGUUACUUAUUAUUAGUUGGUCUCUGUAGUACGGCCAUGAAUCCAUGAUCCUUCCAAGAAGACUCUACAACAGUUUUGAUGUAUGCCAUUGAGCUUUGAUUGGUUAUUGCAAUCAACCUUAUGGGAGAGUGGAUUAUUGGAGCCUGCAUAAAUCUUUUGGGUAGCGUUAUCAUCAACUUUGGAACCAACCUUAUUAAAUUGGGUCACGAUGAUAGAAUAAAGCAUUCCACGUUAAACAAUGGUGGAGCAAAUGGGAAGGUUACAAUGAAACCCAUAGUACAUUUCCGAGCUUGGAGACUCGGCAUCCUUUUAUUUGCUCUUGGGAACUGUCUUAAUUUCAUUUCAUUUGGGUUUGCUGCUCAGUCACUUCUUGCAGCGCUUGGAUCUAUACAAUUUGUCUCUAAUGUUGCCUUUGCAUCCUUUGUAUUUAACAAAAGAGUGACCAUCAAAGUAAUGGUGGCCACAACUUUUAUUGUGCUUGGAAAUGUCUUUCUUGUUGCUUUUGGCAACCACCAGUCACCUGUUUACACACCAGACCAGCUGGCGGAGAAGUAUAGCAACAUCACAUUUCUUCUGUACUGUUUGGUUUUGGUUCUAGUAGUUGCUUUACAUCAUUCUGUGUACAGGAGAGGAGAUCAGUUGUUGAAUGUCCCUGGUAAUGACCUGAAGCCUUAUUGGCAAAUUCUGCUUCCAUUUUCAUAUGCAGUUGUGUCAGGCAGUGUUGGGUCAUUUUCUGUAUUGUUUGCAAAAUCACUCUCAAACCUGCUAAGGUUGUCCAUUUCAAACAGCUAUAUAUUACACAGUUGGUUUACAUACUCGACGCUUCUGCUAUUUCUUAGUACAGCAGGGUUUUGGAUGGCUAGGUUAAAUGAAGGACUUCCUCAAUUUGAUGCAAUACUCAUCGUCCCUAUGUUUCAGAUUGCUUGGACCUUCUUUUCCAUUUGUACAGGAUUUGUGUAUUUCCAGGAAUAUCAGGUGUUUGAUGCUACACGGACGACAAUGUUUGUUCUCGGUAUGAUUUGUGUUUUCAUAGGCAUGUCUUUGCUUGCCCCAGAUGAAUCCAAAGGAACUGAAACCACCAAGGAUAGCUCUUUUGUUUCAGCUUCAAGUCUUUCAAACGAUUCGGAGAGGCUAAUUAUGCCUCUGGAAGAUCCUCAAAUUAAGGGCGUGAAAUCAUUUUUACGUGUUAUGCUGAUCAAAGCUAUAGAUCUGCUUGUCACAGCAAAGGUUGCUGCAUGCUCAGUAACAUUAGGAGCAUUUGGAGACGAUUCUCUUCAUGCAUCUUCAGUGCUGGUGAUGCCCAUGGUGUCGUCCAAAAUAACAUCGGGUUUCCGAGGAAAUGCCCUUGACCACCAAGCUCAACAUGAAUUAUUCCCUUUCAGGGGCGGCGGCGGCGGCCAUGGUUGGAGAACACUUUCCAUGGACGACAGUGAUGACGGUGAGAUGACUCUGGCGCAGUCACCUGCUGCUGCUGCAGCAUCCUCUCACAGUACAUUGUGAUGAGAAUUAAGAUAAAAGACAUGAUUUUAUAUUUUAACACGUUCUUUAUGCUCUGCCUGUAAAUCAUUGGUGUUGUAUAAAUAGUUAGGUUUGUAAGAGUGUGCAAGGGGAGGAGGUCUCAGGGGAGAACUGUAUAACCCACUGUUUGCAGUGAUUGUGAAUUGAAACCAUUUUGUGAUGAAAGUAAUGGGAAAACGGUAGAACACCAGUUGUGCCUAUUAGGUUGUGAGUAUGGCAUUUUGAAGUACUGGACGGUUCUCAAUGAGUGAGUCCUAAGAGUACAAUGGCCAAAACAAAAAACUUGACAGGCU